UGGUAAGUGGAAGUUUGGAAGUUUCAGUAUUAGUAGCUCGCCAUGUUUUUCACUAAGAGGGGUGUGUAGAAGAGGCCGGGGUGAGAAUCAUCUCUCGAGGCAUGCAGUGUCAAAAUGGGAAGGAAACUAUACUUGUUAUCCUUCACUAGACCUGCCAGCCUCACUCUAAUAAUACAUCCACCACCCAUGUACAAGAAUUAAAUAAUUUUUAAACAACGUAACUGAAACUCUAAGAAACAUUAAUACCGUUCCCGGGCAAUUAAGUAACUGCAAAACGCAAAAUAAUAAAAAAGAUUUCAAAUAAGAAUUGAAAAGAAACACUUGACGAGCCCGAGCGUUAUGGUGGUGGAUUCAGUUAAAUUGAAACAUUAAAGGACAAUAAUAAAAUACCGUAUUACCUUACUGUAUAUAGGAGAGAUGAUCACCCGAGGGGUAGUGGAGUUUGUUAGAGUUUCUGGGUCUAGGGGAAUAUUCCGUAAGAGGGAAUGAGGAGCCCGAGAGAACAUCUGGUUGGGAUAGCUACGUCCCCUCAAGGGCGUGAAUUCUUCAGCUUAAGGGCCGAGGAUGAGUUGCGCAUGUGGCUUUAUGUAGAGCUGUGUAUAUUGGGAGUAAACGUGUCCAGAUACCUGGAGUUUUUAAUCUCUCUAUUGCGCUACCCCAUCUCGGCCCUAAGUACUGUGCAAGGGAUCGUUGGAGUAGACACAUACACAGGACAACACCUCUUUGCCUCAUCCAUAGAAGAGCUGGAGACACUUGGUGACUGUAUGCGAGCCGAACGACGAGCUAUUGCCCUGGGAUGUCUGAUAGGUGCUAGCAGUUUCGAUGCAAACUUGUCAGGAAUAAUGAUGCUGGUUGAUGAAGUGAUGACGAGGCUAGACAAAGUGGACGGCAGGAACGUGAAUCUUAUGGAAGAAGAAUUUAAAGUGCCCAACGAAGAAUUUCACGCACCCGCAACGAAUAUAGAAGCAUCCAUGCCUGCUGGUAGCGCUUACGGAACUCAAGAAGAAUUCACAGUCUCAUUGCAACCUGUACUGAUCGAAGAGAUCUCUCGGUGGACGGAAAGGAAUAUUGGCACGACAUAUUGCAACAACACAAUAAACUCAUAUAAUAACAAGAAUAACGAUGCCUGCAAUAAAAAUAAUAAUGUGUCCAUUGUAAGUAACGUUGAGUCCCAACAGCCGGACAGUAAAAACAGCUUUGGGUUUGUUGAGUCGAUGGAACGGCAAAGAGAGAAGGAUCGACUGCAACUUGAAAUUGAACGUUUACAGUUGGCACGAUUGCAAGCAAAGUUUAAUGAGGAUGUUGAGGCAAUAUGGAAUGUCGGAAUACAUAGCGCGCAGGAAGAACAGCAGGACUGCAAUCUCCUGCAGGACAGGAUAAUCCCUCCUGCUCCCGCAAUAUUCCCGAAUUCACAGCCGAUCUUCACGAUACCAAAUGGUUCUCCUAUGAGCGUCUAUUCAUCUGGCUCGAAAAAUGGGAAAAUCAUUGAUAUAGAUUCACUAUAUCCAGGAUCUCGCCUUGAAGCGCCUAUCAGUGAUGUACAGAAUGGCGAGCUAAUCAACGUCCAGGAUCAGGUGGAAAACAACUUUAAUUAUAACGCAGGAUAUAAUACCACCAAAGAUACAAGAAAUUGGCCGGACUUGAUUAGCAAUGAUCUGUGGCGCAGGAAAGGAAUUGAGGAUAACUGGGUAUAUUUGACUCAAAAUAUACAAGCGGUUGGUUCCUUUCCAAUAGCAUCUUGUAAGCCUCCUCAUGGAAGUCAUGUGGAAUCCCCUUCGAUUCUGAAGCUGAGUAGCCUUCCAGAACCAGAUGAGGAUCUGUUGACUUCCGCACGAACACAUUUUCGUCCGAUAAAGGACGAUGGUUACUGGGCAGACGGAACUACAUUCCCCGUCAAUACUGCUGUAGAACAAGUCGCCUACCGCAGGUCUGAGUCAGGGAACGUAUGGUACCUUCCUGGCGGAGAGAGCCCUUAUAUGGAGUAUCGUGAGAAUGACACAGCCAGCCCCGUCGUGUCAACGAUAUCUUCCAAUUUAACUCCGAAAUUCAGGGUACGCCAGUGCGACAAGAGCAUCCAAACAGACCCUGUACGAUUUGCGGUCAGGCGUAGACUCAUCUUCGACGAUGAUUGUUAUGAUAGUACCCCACUUAGAGGUGAAGAUACUGUCAUAAACAAGGACGAAGAAGAAGUAGUUAUUGAAGGGGGAAAAAUAAUCACGGCUCAGUAUCCAACAAAUAAACAGGUUACACAAAACAAAGAUACAAUAGCAAUAGAUAACAAGAAAACAAGCCAAACUGACGAGCCGGAAAUAGAACAGAAUGGACAUCCACAUCAUAAUGGAAAUAGAAAGAAAUUGGAAGGUGAAGGUGUGGACGAUGAGAAAGGCUGCGAUGAAGAUGAGAACGAAGGGGAAGUGGAGCAUGAGGUGAACAAGAACGAAAGCGCCCAGAGUGAUAGAAAGAAAAAGGAUCGCGAAAAGUGCCACGAACAGGAUAAAAAAGAAGCAAAAAAUAAAAAUGAACAUGGGCACGAUAAUAAUGAUCACGAUCAGGUUGACAAUGAUGACGACGACAAAUACAAUACAAGUAAAGAACAUGACGAUAACAAGAACGAUAAUAAUGAAAUAGAUAAUGAUGAUGAUGAUGACGGUGAUGAAAACGAAAACGACGAUGAAGACGACGACGACGAUGAUGAUGAUAGUGAUGUUGAUGGCGAUGAUGAUAAUGAUGAUAAUAAUAAUGAUGAUGAUGGGGAUGAUGAUGAUAAUGACGAUGAUGGCGACGACGAAGACGACGAUGACGACGAUGACGAUUAUGAAGACGAGAAUGAUGAAGAAAGACAAGUAGAGAAUGGAGAAAAAAAGUGUGAAGAGAAUAGAAAGGAAGAUGAGGAUGAGGACGAGGAUGAAGAGGAAAGUGAUGAUGAUGACACUACAGUUGUGUUUCGUAAUGAGGAAGAGAAACGGAAGUAUAUUUUAGAUAGAAUGUACCGGGCAGCAGUCAAGAUCAAUCUGGCAGAUGAUAGAGAAUGGAAGAACUGUAUGAACAAGGUGAGGGAAAAGCUGUUGAAGAAGAUUGGCACUGACAUAUUUGUGACGAUGCCGGAACGAAUAAUGUAAGCUGGGGAAAUAAACUACGUGACUGAAGAUUUGAAGUUUAGGUAUACUUGUUUUUAUUGCAAAACGAAGAUACAAACGAUAGGAGCGUGAAUGGGGGUCCUCUUGGCAUGUGGAAUUUGUUAUGCAUGUAUCCAAGAAGACACGAAUAAACCCCAUCGUCACUCGUAAUAAGCAACACGCGAUAUCGAAAUAAAGUGAGACGCGUGACUAUUCAAUAUUCAUUUAGAUAAAUGAACAUUAAUCCUUUGACGAGUAAGGAGGAAAGAAACGAAAUAUGAAAAAAAAAGGAAAAAAAAGUGUACACCUUACACAGCGUUUCACGUCGAGAAAACGUCGAAGAACGUAGUCCACGUGAUUUCAGUUGUAGGUUGUUGAUUACUUUUAUGUGAUUUACAAGGAAACUUAGUGCGCUGAUUUUUCGUAGAAAAAAUCGUAGGGAGCAAUUUCGUUUCUCGUCCGACGUGCCGCCUAUAGUAUUGGACGUUUUGCGCAUCGAAAUUAAAUAAGAAAAACGAACGCGCGAAAGUUAGGAAUUACAGACAGUUUUGAGUACUUAUUUGAAUGCUGCAUAUGAUUGCAACUCGGGUAUUUCAUUCGAGCGCUGUUUUUCUUUUCUUGUCGUUUUUCUUAAUUAAUAAUGAAUUAUCUUAAUUGUAUUUUUCUAAUUAUAAUUUAACUCCCUAGAAGAUUAAUCCCUCGACUAUCCUCUUCCCUUAUCCCGAUGCUCCAAAUCUCCCUGUAUCCGAUGCUUUUCCUGUGCUCCCCCCGAGACAGGAUAAUUGAGAACGUAUGUAUAAAAGAAAAAAAAAUCGUGUAAUUUGAGGACAUGCUUACCCCGCGACGGGUACGCGAGAAGUGUUACUAGGUUGCAGAUGCCGAGCGUACGUUCAAAACAAAAAGUGUUAACGCGUCGAAAGGAUGCCAUUCACGAAUGGCUAUACCUUCGGAGAAUAAUGCGAGAAAGAAAGAGACGCGACUGGCGAAUUAUGCGGAUUGUACGGAGAAAUCCAAUAAAGGCACUGCAAAUGUGAA